CCCACCCAAUGGGCCGGGGUGCGCAUGGCACUGGCGCCGCGGUCGUGAACAUCAGCUGGUGGUACUGAGUGGCCCCCAGUGGCACUGUGUGAACCCCCGGUGGCACUGGGUGAACCCUCGGUGGCACUGCGUGACCCCCGGUGGCACUGUGUGACCCCCAGUAGCACUGUGUGACCCCCCGGUGGCACUGUGUGAACCCCCGGUGGUACUGUGUGACCCCCCAGUAGCACUGUGUGACCCUCGGUGGCACUGUGUGAACCCCCGUUGGUACUGUGUGACCCUCGGUGGCACUGUGUGACCCUCGGUGGCACUGUGUGAACCCCUGGUGGCACUGUUUGACCCCCAGUGGCACUGUGUAGCAGGCCCCUUGCUGGCCCGGACGACACCGCUCACCAUGAGCUGUGGGAGUGAUGCUGGGGUGGUGUGAGGCUGCUGCAGGCUCAGGUAUAGCCUCCCUCUCCAAGCCCCAGCACUAUCUCUCGUAAUAUUUUCCAGCUGAUACCACCACAAUGGAUACAGAUGAAGAUAUCAGUGCAUUGGAAGAAGAGGAAGAGGAGGUUGCACUUCUGUGCCAUUCAAAUCUAACCUGUGAACUGGAGCUGUCACAUCCAUGCUCUUCCCCAGAACCAUCUUGUUCUUCUCCGUGCAACUCUGAACCAUCAUGCCGUCCCACACAGAGCUCAACUACAUCACUGGAAGAUCUUCUUUCUUCAGACAUUGACGAUGAUCCUGUAACCUCACUAGCUUCACGGGUAUCAUCAUAUACUCUCCCGAUAAACAGGAGAGAACACAAGACUGUGGUCAGAUAUGUUAUCCAGUCAGCACGUACACAAAUUACUAAGGAAGAAAAGUUUGUGGUGUACACAGUUGAGGCCCAGAGAUUUCUGCAGUACUCAGAAGGGGAGGAAAAUAUAUCAUACAAACCAUUAUUGAAGAAAUUUGCUACCUUUGAACGACGAUAUUCAGAGUUCCUCACUGUGUAUAGUGCAUUGAUGACCUCUCACAGAUCACUAAUGGAGGAUUUUGAUGGCUUUCCCAAGAAAGUUAUUAUAGGAAACUUUAGCAUGGAUGUGAUUACCGAACGUUGCAAAGGAUUGGCACGUUUUAUGAAUUUUGUCCAGGACGAGGGUGUGCUGAGUCGUACAGCUGUCUUUUCCAAGUUUUUGUACCAUCCUGAGGUAAUGAUGAGCAAUAACCUUCUCCUCCAGUCCCAGUUUGAAGAAGCAUGUCCUAUUCUAGAAAAUACAUACAUUCUUCUCAGUAGCCUUCACUGGGACACUGGACUUACCCUUCGAACUCUCUGUCAGUUGAUUGUUAGUCUACAUGCUGUGAGCAAUUUUGAAAGGUCCUACAUGUUUGCCCAGGUUGCUCUUCAUAAAUUUAAGUCGCCUAGUAACAAGAAGAUUGGAAAAGGUCUUUAUCUUCCACUUCUUAUCUUUUGUGAUAACCUUUGGCAUGUAUUGGGGAAGGAUGGAAAUUAUAUUAAGAGCAAAAUUCAACUCGUACGAAAACAAAAGAGGCAGGACGAGUGUAUACCAAACUUGCUUGAUGUGCUUCGGGAUGAAAUUGCUCUACGGACUCUGCACUGAACUUCUGGCCUAUUUGUUCCUAUUUGGUAGUUUUAUAUGAUGACCAGACUUCAGCAAUGAAGCCCCAUGUUAAAUGACAGAUUAAGAAUUAAAUCAGAUUUUUUUUAAAUUUAAUUUCAACAUUUAAAACUACAAAUAUUCUUAAUUUAUUUUCAUUAGCUUACCAUUCAUUCAUGGUGCUAUUGGCUUUCCGCUGUGGAAUACAGUGCGUCAUAUUUCAAGAGUAAAUGACACAGUAGUAGUAGUAGGCAUCCAUCAGUCUCGGUAGACAAUGGAGUUGUGCUCUGGUUGUCGGUCAGAUGUGGCCUCUCCAGGGCGCAAAGCCAGGGUAGGUUGAUGCAGAGGAUUAUUAAAUUGUUACAUGGAGGAUUAUAAAAAUAUUAUAAUAUAUAAACAAUAACACAGCAUUGUUUAUAUAUUAUAAUAUUUUUCCUGCUAUAGAUUGCAGAGCAAGG